AACAAAGAGUAAAAACAAAUUAAGGUGACAACAAUGGCAAUCCUGGUUCCAAACUCUCACAUGCUAUACAGAGAUGUUUUGCAUAGAGAUCAGCAAUAUUAUCAAGGAUCCAAUGGUGGAGGAGGAGGAGGAGGAGGAUGCACAUCAGUGGCAGUUCAGUUUGGGAGGAGAUCAGUGUUAUCAAAAGAAAUGGGAAAGAGGAGGAGGAAGAGAAGAGAAGCUGUCAAAGCAAUGGGGUUCUGGCAAGAUGUAACAAGCAACAGCAGCAGCAGCAACAGACCAAGCUCAAUUGAAAUGGAUGCAAUCACAUGCAUGGAUGAUUUGGAUGAAGCCUUACGUCAGGCUCAGGAAUUAUCUCGCCCUAUUCUCAUUGACUGGAUGGCUUCUUGGUGUAGGAAAUGCAUAUAUCUGAAGCCCAAAUUAGAAAAGCUUGCAGCAGAGUUUCAUCCCAGAAUAAAAUUCUACUUCGUAGAUGUAAACAAAGUUCCUCAAACUCUUGUGAAACGUGGGAAUAUUUCUAAAAUGCCAACUAUUCAGCUGUGGAAAGAUGGAGAAUGGAAAGCUGAGAUAAUUGGUGGGCAUAAAGCUUGGCUUGUCUUAGAUGAAGUCAGGGAAAUGAUCCAAAAUAACUUGUAAUAAUCAUUUUGUAUUUUUGUAUUUUUUUGGGUUUUUUUAUCAUAAAAUUUGUAUAUAUAUAUAUAUAUAUAUUUAAUCAGUAGUUAUGAAGAGAUGAGUAUAUUUGUU